AUGGGUGCCUCGGCCUCCCGGGGCCGGCCCGCCCGGGUCCCCGCGCCGGAGCCCGAACCCGAGGAGGCGCUGGACCUGAGCCAACUGCCACCGGAGCUGCUCCUGGUGGUGCUGAGCCACGUGCCCCCGCGCACCCUGCUGGGGUGCUGCCGCCGGGUGUGCCGGGGCUGGCGCGCCCUGGUGGACUGCCAGGCCCUGUGGCUGCUCAUCCUGGCCCGGGACCACGGCGUCCUGCUGCCGCUCGCCCGCAGCUGCCUGCCCCCAGCCCGCGACGGCAGGCCCAGCCUCCUGGGCCGCUUCUGCGAGCGCCGACCGAUCGGACGCAACCUCAUCCGCAACCCCUGCGGCCAGGAAGGCCUCCGGAAAUGGAUGGUGCAGCACGGUGGGGACGGCUGGGUGGUGGAGGGAAACAGGUCAACGGUGCCCGGGGCCCCCUCGCAGACCUGCUUCGUGUCUUCUUUCAGCUGGUGUCGCAAAAAGCAGGUGUUGGACCUGGAGGAGGAGGGUUUGUGGCCAGAGCUGCUAGAUAGUGGCAAGAUUGAGAUUUGUGUCUCUGAUUGGUGGGGAGCCCGACACGACAGUGGCUGUAUGUACCGACUCCUUGUCCAACUUCUAGAUGCCAACCAGACUGUCCUGGAUAAAUUCUCUGCUAUGCCUGUCCCCAUCCAGCAGUGGAACAACAAUGUCUGCUUUCAGGUCACCCACGUGUUCUCCAACAUCAAGAUGGGCGUCCGCUUUGUGUCUUUCGAACACUGGGGCCAGGACACACAGUUCUGGGCUGGUCACUAUGGAGCCCGUGUGACCAACUCCAGUGUGGUCGUGCGGGCCCGGUUGUCUUAGUUGAGGG